UGUACAUCAAUGGCAGAAUCUUCCAGCGAUUCAGACCACUUUCGCUCUCGUGAUCGAUUGAGUCGAUGGACUGCCAGGUCAACAUACAGGGAAUCUCUAAGUCGUCCUACAGUAGGUGUCACCAAGAAGGUCAACACUAUAACGAGUACUUUACAGGACACCAGUCAGAACCUGCGACAAGUAGACCAGAUGCUUGGACACUAUCGAGACUAUAGUAAUGGACAGGCGGGUGCUAUAGAACAUUUAAAAGAAAGCUUGGAACAAUCAAUAGGCCAACUGCGGAGUCAACGUUUAUUGAGAAACUCAGGAGGGAGAAGUAUUUCUGUUACAAGUCUGAGUGCAAGUGACCUCGAUGGUGGCACUGUGACAGAGAGCUACCGGUUUCCACCUACCUCACCCCUCAAGGACCAUGGGGAUCAACAGGGUACUAAGCGAAUUAGGUCCAGAACUGGUGUCCGAUUUGUUCGGGAGCCUGAUGACAUGGGCCAGCUUCAUGCUUUUCAUCAGUCCCUCCGAGACCUCAGCAGUGAACAAGUUCGGCUUGGAGAUGAUUUCAAUCGGGAACUUGCCAGAAGAAGCCGGUCGGAUGCUGAAACAAAAAGAGCUUUGGAAGAAUUGACAGAAAAACUUAAUGAAGCCCAAAAACCAGAUGUGGUUUCAGAUCGGGUGGAACGACGGCUUCAGGAAAUAGAAAGAGAGAUGCGCACAGAAAGAGAGCUGGUGGAGAAACGUCAGGAUCAGCUGGGACUUAUUUCUUUACAGCUACAGGAGGCAUUGAAGAAACAAGAAGCUAAAGCAGAUGAAAAUGAGGGAGUCAUGAAAAAUAAGCUAAAACAGACCGAAACUGAGAAGAGUCAACUUGAACAGGAAUUAGAGGUAUCCCGAAGGUUACUGAAUCAGUCAGAAGGCAGCAGAAAAACACUUCUGCAUCAGGUAGAAGAGCUCCGUACACAACUUAUGAAAGCAGAAGGUGAUCGAAAGGGUUUACAACAUCAAGUAUCUCAGAUGUCCAAGCAACAGGAUGAACAAGGAGAUGACUGGAGGUUUAGGAGAGGGGUUGAGCAGGAAAAAGAGAAUCUGGAGAAGCAGAUGUCAGAUUUGAGGGUGCAGCUGAACUUCAGUGCAAUGGCAUCUGAGUUAGAGGAAGCGAAGCGGUGCAUGGAGCGAAAAGACAAGGAGAAAGCACAGUUUGCAGCACAUAUAGAGAAUUUAACACAUCAGUUGGAGCACAAGGAAAAGGAGCAACUACAGAUGUUGGAUCAACUUAAGGAGAUCCAGAAUCACUUUGAGACUUGUGAGGCCAAACAUAAGCAUGCCGACCUUCAGAUCUCAGAGCUGACUCACCAUGCUGAGGAAGCAACCAAGCAGGCCGAGCAGUACCUUCUCGAGUUCCAGCAGUCAGAGGCCCUGAGACAGGAGGCAGAGAAGAGGAGAGAAGAGUUGAAACUGAAAGCUCAGGAGUCCAUCAGGCAGUGGAAGCUUAAGCAUAAGAAGUUAGAGCGAGCAUUGGAGAAACAGUCUGAAACUCUUGAUCAACUGACAGACAAGAAUAAUCAGAUUCUAAAAGAAAAGGAUGAACUGAAAAGCCAGCUUUAUACAGCAUUACAACAAAUAGAGAAUCUUCGAAAGGAAUUGAAUGAUGUCUUAACCAAGCGUGCCCUUCAAGAGGAGGAGCUUCACCGUAAGGAGCAGAAACUAAGUGAUGUUAAGGCUCAUCAAGCUGACCUUGAACUAGAAAUCAAGGAUUCCCUGGACACUAUCCAAAGGCUAGAAAGUGAAUUGAAGCAUCAGAGUAAGAUUCAAAGCCAGAUGAAAGUUGAGAAAGCUCACCUGGAAGAAGAAAUCACAGAGCUAAAAAAGAGCCAGGCUAGGGACAAAGCCCAACUUCUCGAGAUGCAAGAGGCCAUCAAGAACUUGAGUGCCAUCCGGGCAGAUCUCGCUAAUAAAUUAGCCGAGGAACAGAGAGCCAGGAAAGAGGUGCUUAAGAACCUUGCUGACCUAAAGACACAGGUGAAAUCCAGAGAUGAAGAAACAGAUACAAUCAUUACACAGUUAAAGCUAGAACGAGACGUUCACCAGAGGGAGCUGGAAGAUCUCACAUCGUCAUUGCAGAGUGUGAAAACGAAACACGAACAGAACAUCCAGGAGCUGAUGAAGCACUUCAAGAAAGAAAAGAGUGAGGCUGAGAGUCAUAUUAGGACACUGAAGGCAGAAAGUAUAGAAGAUAAGAAUAAGGCUAAAGUCCAUCGUUGUCAGCUAGAGAAGGUGAAAUCACAGUGUGACAGGCUGACAGAGGAAUUAACCCAGAAUGAAAAUGAGAACAGAAAACUGAAGCUAAAAUAUCAGGCUUUGAAGGACCAGCUAGAAGAAAAGGAAAAGCAUAUAAGCAAUGAGGAAGAGCACUUAAGGAGGAUGGAAGAGGCCAGAUUGCAGCUCAAGGAUCAACUUCUUUGCCUGGAGACUGAACAGGAAUCCAUUCUUGGUGUCAUAGGAAAGGAAAUUGAUGCAGCUUGUAAAACCUUCUCCAGGGACUCGAUGGAGAAAUUGAAAGUUUUUUCAUCUAGUCCUGAUAUUAACUAUGACCCACAUCGCUGGUUAGCAGAAAGCAAGACUAAACUUCAGUGGCUCUGUGAGGAACUGAAAGAGAGAGAAAACCGAGAAAAAAAUCUGCGGCACCAGUUGAUACUGUGCAGACAACAGCUGAGGAACAUGACGGAAAACAAGGAAUCUGAGCUCCAGUGUCUCUUUGAACAGAUAGAAAGACAAGAGCAGCUUCUGGAAGAAAUACACCAGGAGAAAAGAGAUCUCCUGGAGGAGACCCACAGAAAAGAUGAAGAAAUGGAAUCUCUGCAGGACCGUCUAAAUGCAUUAGAAACGAGUACCCGAGUGGCCUUGGACCAUCUGGAGUCUGUGCCUGAGAAACUGAGCUUACUAGAAGAUUUCAAAGACUUCAGAGAUUCCCACAGUUUUUCUGAGAGAAUUGAUGGGAGAUAUUCUAAAUACAGAGUUCACGGAGAGUCUCUUCAGCAGCACCAAGAUGACACCAAGUACAGAGUCAGAGGCUUAAAAGAUGACAGACUCUUUCCUGAAAGUUCCCUCGCUCAUGGGUUAGAGCACUCAUUCUCUUGGCGUGAUCACAGUCGCUUCCUGUCUAGUCCACAGUUUUCACACUUGAAUCCACUUACCAAAAGAGCAGUUACUCCAGAUUCACCUUCAAUCAAGGAAGAUGCCACAAGUUUACCAAUGGAUCGAACAAGUCCACCAUCUAAGAAAGAGGACUAUGAAAGCAAUAAAAGCAAAAUGUAAUUCGUUGCUUUACAUGAGUGUUUUACAAAUGACAGCGUAUCUGUCC